AUGGACGAGUCGUUAUUUCCAGGAGGCUCACGCGAUCUGUCAAGAAUCGGAGUGCAAGCAUUCGCACUGGGAAACUUCCUCUCAGCCGGACUCAUUCUAGCAGCCUAUCUCGUCAAGAUCGAGUCGCUAUGGUGGCGUUUGCCAGCCUUCACUGCUGCCUUGGCCUUCUUCCAUUUCAUGGAAUACUGGACUCAAGCUCGGUACAACACUCCAGCCAUUCGAGCUGACAGCUUCUUACUGUUCACAAACGGCUGGCAGUAUAAUACCGCGCAUUCGCUAGCUACCGUUGAGCUCGUGCUGUCUUGUAUCUACCCAUCCUAUGGCCAAGCCUACGUCUACCCCUACACAAUCGCUGCAGGACUGGCUCUGGUCUUCGUCGGCCAAUUUGUCAGGAGUCUUGCAAUGGCACAGGCCGGAGUCAGCUUCAAUCAUGUCAUUUCGCGAGAGCGUAAAGACACUCAUAAGCUGGUGACCAAUGGGAUCUACAGCUUCUUCAGACACCCAAGCUAUUUUGGUUUCUUCUGGUGGGCUUUAGGCACGCAGUUGCUGGUUGGCAACAAAUUUUGUGUCUUUGGCUACGGACUUGCGCUAUGGAGAUUCUUUUCCACUAGGAUUCGCGCCGAGGAGAGAUUGCUCUCUGACGAGAAGUUCUUUGGCAAAGACUAUCUGGAGUACAAGAAGCGCACGGGGACUAUGAUUCCCUUCAUCCCAUGA